UCAACGGACAUGGACCACCUGAUCCUGCGCCAUCUGAAGGCCUUGGCGCCGAACGAGGUGGACGUGACUGACGACGUCCGCUCUGUAGGGUCCGAGGGCGACAAUUCCUUCUCCGCAAACGCCCCGGAGGAGGCCGAGGAUGCAGAGCUGGCUGCGGAGGAGGAGGAGGAGGAGGAGGAGGAGGAGGAGGAGGAGGAGGAGGAGGAGGAGGAGGAGGAGGAGGAGGAGGAGGAGGACGACGACGAGGACGAGGACGAGGGAGAGGAAGAGGCUGAGGAGGUAGAGGCGGUUGAGGAGGAGUACAUGGCGGAAAAGCUGGCGCUGGAUGACGAGGAGGAGCUGGAUGAAGAGGACUUCGACGACAUCGAUGCGUCCGUUGCAGCGGUGCUGUGCGGCAUCAACCCCAUGCCUACCGGGCCGCUCAGCAGCUAAACGCCACAGUCGAAGACUAUGGUGAC